UCUCUAGUACUUGUAUCGUUUUUCACUGAUGGGCGGGCCCCGCGCUCCGCCGGCCAAUGAGAAGCGUCUUCUGUUUAAAUAGCCUUCGCUGUCAAUCUUUUUUUCCCCUGCCAGUUUACUUGCGAUCGCCAUAUUGGGUGCUCGCCUACUCGAAUGACUCGUCUGUUUUUCUUCGGAAUUACUACGAGACGGCAUCGGAGUCGCGCGCUGUUUUCAUGACUUGUUUUCCACGCGCCUUAGCCUUUCCGCACGCAUUUGCGCGUUUGUUAUGCGUGCGCUCUGCGUCUCGCUUUGCUUUCUCGGGAAGUAGGAUCGCUCUUAGUUAGACCGCGUCUGGCUCGAUUGUGACUGCGAUUCUCGGGACGAACUUUAACGUGCAAAAUGUCAAAAGUGCGCGUCUCCAAUGGAAGCCCGACGCUGGAGAGGGUGGACGCGAGGCAGGCGGAUCACGCCAAACCGCCGGUCUGCAGAAACCUCUUCGGCUCCGUGGAUCGCGAAGAGUUCGCGAGAGACGUCAAGGAGCAAAUGCUGGACAUGGAGAAAGCGUCCAAGGAAAAAUGGAAUUACGACUUCGCCAAAAACGAGCCGCUCGCGCCUGGCGACUACGAGUGGCAGGAGGUGGACGCGAAAGAGGUGCCGGAGUUUUACACCAGACCGCCUCACGCAAAACGGGAUACCUCGACCGGGACUGUGGAUCAUAACGGGAACCACGACUACUUGUUGACAACGAGCGUACAGGGGGACUCGGACAACGCGGAGCACGGGAGUCGCUCGGAUUGCCGAACGGCGCUGACCACGCCGACAAAAAGACCGUCGACAGAGGAUCGGGAUCUUCCUUGCCAAAGCAAAAGAGCCAACGUCCAAGCGACCGAGGCGAACUGCUGUCCAGAGACGAGUUCGCAAGCGCCCAGCAAGUCGGAUCCCAAAACGUAAACAAGAGACGGAUGAAGAAGACUAAUUUCUCCAUCAAAUACUUCAAGAGCUUUAUGAAGUAAACAGGGACAGCGGUUGAAAAAUACAAAUCGAGCCUUGGAGAGGCUAUAUAAGCACUGAAUUUUUACACUAAACUUUUGGCACUCGACAGAAUAUAUUUGCCUCAAAAGCAGACAAUGUAGCAGUGUGCAAUUGGAGUUUCGUUUGUUCUUUUACUACCUAUGUAUAUACUUUCAUUUUAUAUGUAGCACAUUUAAAUGUAAUAUUAAGAUAAAAAAAAAACACAAUCAUUUAUAAAUGGAGUGCGUUUGACUUGAAGAAUUGCUGUGCAGUUUUCAAAACGUCUCCCCCAAAUGAACCCUUUUAAAGUAAAUAUAUCUAUGUCAAAUACAAACACACACACCAUUUCCCUUUAAUUAGGUUUAACAAUCCCACUGUCUCAGUUUUGGCUGGCUCAGGAUGUUCACAGUCAGAAAUACACCUUCAUGUGUAUCAGUGUUGUGCUCAACAGCAGCAGCACAACCUUGGACAUUUUUUUAAGUUGCACAAAUGUCACUGUUUGAAAAGCAUUACAGACUUUUUCACCUUCUGUGAUCUGGCUAAAUUAAAAUGAUCCGAUAUUUGCAUU